AUGCAUUCGCUGACAGUCUUGUAUCCAGUAUAUCCACUGUCGAUCAAACAAAACGCGUUUCAUAGCUUGACAGUCUCCAACCCUGCUACCGGCGAUCUUGUCAGCGAUACCAUACCCGUGGCCGGAGAUGCGGACGUUGAUACUGCAGUGCGAUAUGCCACUGCCGCCUUCGCCCACAACGCACCGUGGCGGCAGUUCGCCGGAGUCGACCGGGCAAGCGUUAUGCUCCGGUUCGCCGACUUGCUCGAGAAACACCGUGAUGAACUAGCUCGCCUAACGCGUUUAACACUCGGCGCUCCAGCCUUUGGCAAGGCUGAAGUGGACACCGCCAUUGGCCAAUUCCGGUAUUACGCUGGAUGGGCCGAUAAAGUCGCUGGUCAAUCAUUUCCCGCAGACGGAGGGCUGUACAAGAUCGUGAGAAACGAGCCCUUGGGCGUAGUGGCAGGGAUCAUUCCCUGGAAUAGCCCCAUCGCGUCCACGGGUCUGAAAGCAGCUCCUGCCCUCGCAACUGGCAAUGUCUUCAUUCUCAAGCCAAGCGAGAAGACGCCGCUAGCUGCGGCAGCGCUUGGAAAAUUGGUUUUGGAGGCCGGCUUUCCCCCAGGUGUAUUCCAGGUGGUUCAAGGCGAUGGCAGCACGGGCGCUCUCUUUGCCAGUCACCCUGAUGUGGCCAAGAUUAGUUUCACCGGCAGCAUAGGUACAGGCAAAGCCAUUCAGAUCAUGGCCGCCAACAGUAAUCUCAAGCGCGUGACCUUGGAACUUGGUGGCAAGAGCCCGGCGGUGGUAUUCGAUGAUGCAAACCUCGAGAAUGCGGUCGAGUGGUGCGUCAACGGACUCACGACAAAUUCUGGCCAGAUCUGCUUCGCCGCCACACGACUAUACGUGCAAGCUGGCAUCUUUCCCCGGUUCCUUGAGGCCUACCGAAGCGCCUUAGAAGCCAAGGCAAAAGCGGUUGGCCAUCCACAGGAUGCUGGAACGCAGGUUGGCCCAGUCGUCGACAAGGUGCAAUACGAGCGUAUCAACAGUAUCAACAGUAUCAUCCACACUGCAACGAGCGAGCGAUCGGGGGAGCUUUUGAUAGGCGGCCCGGGAGAUCGACCCAAGGGCUACUAUAUCGAACCUACCAUUUUCACCAACACAAAAGAUGAUGCAUUUAUCUACAGAGAAGAGAUCUUCGGCCCUGUGGCCGUGCUGAAUCAGUUCGAAGACGAGGCCGAGAUUGUCCAACGCUCAAACAACAGCAAGUACGGACUGAUGGCGGGCGUUUUCACCCAGGACAUCAAUCGUGCCCUGCGCAUCAGCUCGGCCAUCGACUCGGGAGUGGUGGGUGUGAAUUGCAUCAGCACAAUCCAUCCUUCGACGCCGUUUGGAGGCACGAAAGAGAGCGGGGUGGGGCGCGAGUGUGGCGAAUAUGCACUAAGAGCAUAUACGGAGCCGAAGACAGUCUUGAUCAAUGUAACCUACUAG